GUGCGCGGGUUCGGGGGCGCGCGGGCCGGAGCGAACGAGGGACGCGGCGGCGGUUGGCGGUGGUUGUUGAUUUCAGGUCCCACGGUGAGAGGCGCCUGAGGAGGCGUCCGCAGCGGCGGCAGCCGCGGCCGAGGCGGCGUUCCAAAUCGUGCUCUCCGGGAGGGGUGCGGCGGGGGAUGUGCCUGCCCCGGCCGGGCGGAGUCUCGCUGACAGGGCGGGGGAUGCGGGGCGGCCGCUGGCCUGGACCCUGAGGCAGCUGGGCCCACCCUGUCCGGAACCGUCCGACCCUUGGUGGCCUCGUCUUCUGCUGCCUCCUCCGGCCUGAUCCUGGAUCCAAGGGUGGGAGGCGUUUUCCGCCGAAGAGGAGGGGGCCGUGGUGGCCACCGCGGCGGCGCCCGAGUUCUUCUGCCAUGAAAAUGAGUUGCAUAAUUUUGAAUACAUACUAUCCAUGCUGAUGGGACAGGAUCCAAUAUGAAUAUAAAUGAUGGGGGAAGACGACGCUUUGAGGAUAAUGAACACACACUACGAAUAUAUCCUGGGACAAUUUCAGAAGGGACAAUCUAUUGUCCAAUUCCUGCCAGAAAAAACUCUACGGCUGCUGAGGUGAUUGACUCUCUUAUAAACAGACUUCAUCUUGAUAAAACAAAAUGUUAUGUUCUAGCAGAGGUAAAGGAAUUUGGUGGAGAGGAAUGGAUCCUCAAUCCAACAGACUGUCCAGUUCAGCGAAUGAUGUUGUGGCCCCGAAUGGCUCUGGAAAAUCGCCUGAGUGGAGAGGACUACCGCUUUCUUCUGAGAGAAAAGAACCUUGAUGGCUCAAUCCAUUAUGGUAGUCUUCAGUCAUGGCUACGGGUAACAGAAGAACGUCGCAGGAUGAUGGAACGGGGUUUUCUUCCACAGCCUCAACAGAAAGACUUUGAUGACUUAUGUAGCUUACCAGAUUUGAAUGAGAAAACUCUCCUAGAAAACCUACGAAAUCGUUUUAAGCAUGAAAAAAUUUAUACCUAUGUUGGCAGUAUUCUUAUAGUUAUUAACCCAUUCAAAUUUCUUCCUAUUUAUAACCCCAAAUAUGUUAAAAUGUAUGAUAACCAUCAACUAGGAAAACUUGAGCCCCACAUUUAUGCUGUGGCUGAUGUAGCCUAUCAUGCCAUGCUGCAGCACAAGAAGAAUCAGUGCAUUGUGAUUUCCGGAGAGAGUGGUUCUGGGAAGACUCAAAGCACAAACUUUCUUAUUCAUCACCUUACUGCUCUCAGUCAGAAAGGAUUUGCCAGUGGAGUAGAACAAAUCAUUCUUGGAGCUGGGCCAGUACUUGAGGCCUUUGGAAAUGCAAAGACAGCUCAUAAUAACAAUUCAAGUCGUUUUGGGAAGUUUAUUCAAGUAAAUUACCAAGAAACAGGCACUGUACUUGGUGCCUAUGUUGAAAAAUAUCUACUGGAGAAGUCCAGGCUUGUUUAUCAGGAACAUAAUGAACGGAACUAUCAUGUUUUUUAUUACCUCCUGGCAGGAGCAAGUGAAGAAGAGAGGUUAGCAUUCCAUCUUAAACAGCCAGAAGAAUAUCAUUAUCUCAAUCAGAUAACAAAGAAACCCCUCAGACAGAGCUGGGAUGAUUAUUGCUAUGACUCUGAGCCGGAUUGCUUUAUGGUGGAAGGGGAAGAUUUGAGGCAUGACUUUGAACGUUUACAGCUCGCCAUGGAAAUGGUGGGAUUUCUUCCCAGGACACGAAGACAGAUUUUCUCUCUUCUCUCAGCAAUACUACACUUGGGCAAUAUCUGUUAUAAAAAGAAGACAUACCGGGAUGACUCCAUAGAUAUCUGUAAUCCUGAAGUUCUGCCUGUUGUCUCAGAAUUAUUAGAAGUUAAAGAAGAGAUGCUGUUUGAAGCAUUAGUUACAAGGAAGACUAUGACAGUGGGAGAAAAGCUUGUUUUACCGUAUAAACUUGCAGAGGCUGUGACAGUGAGGAAUUCCAUGGCUAAGUCUUUAUAUAGUGCCCUGUUUGACUGGAUAGUUUUUCGGAUUAAUCAUGCACUUCUGAAUAGUAAAGAUCUCGAACAAAAUACCAAGACUUUGUCUAUUGGUGUUCUUGAUAUUUUUGGGUUUGAAGAUUAUGAAAAUAACAGCUUUGAACAAUUCUGUAUUAAUUUUGCUAAUGAACGUUUACAACAUUACUUUAACCAGCAUAUCUUUAAACUGGAGCAAGAGGAAUAUAGAACUGAAGGUAUCAGCUGGCACAAUAUAGAUUACAUUGAUAAUACCUGUUGCAUAAACCUCAUUAGCAAGAAACCAACAGGGCUGCUCCACCUUUUAGAUGAGGAAAGCAACUUUCCUCAAGCUACAAAUCAAACAUUGCUAGACAAAUUUAAACAUCAACAUGAAGAUAAUUCUUACAUUGAAUUUCCAGCUGUGAUGGAGCCAGCUUUCAUCAUAAAGCAUUAUGCUGGAAAAGUAAAAUAUGGGGUAAAGGAUUUCCGGGAAAAAAAUACAGAUCACAUGCGUCCAGACAUUGUAGCUCUUCUGAGAAGCAGCAAGAGUGCGUUUAUCUCUAGCAUGAUUGGAAUUGACCCUGUAGCUGUUUUCCGAUGGGCUGUUCUCCGGGCUUUUUUCAGAGCCAUGGUUGCUUUCAGGGAAGCUGGGAAAAGACAUGUUCAGAAAAAAACUGGACAUGAUGAUACAGCGCCAUGUGCAAUUUUGAAAAGUAUGGAUAGUUUUAGCUUUCUCCAACACCCAGUCCACCAGAGGAGCUUAGAGAUUCUGCAGAGGUGCAAGGAAGAGAAGUACAAUAUAACCAGGAAAAAUCCCAGAACACCUCUUUCUGAUCUCCAGGGCAUGAAUACUCUGAAUGAAAAGAACCAACAUGAUACAUUUGAUAUUGCCUGGAGUGGCAGAACUGGGAUUCGCCAGAACAGACUUUCAAGUAAUACUUCCCUACUUGAUAAAGAAGGAAUAUUCACUAAUUCAGCUAGCAGCAAACUCUUGGAGAGAGCUCAUGGAAUUCUCACGAGAAACAGAAACUUCAAAUCCAAGCCUGGCCUUCCCAAGAACUUGCUAGAGGUAAAUUCUUUAAAGCACCUGACAAGACUGACCCUGCAGGAUCGCAUUACCAAGUCUCUUCUUCAUUUACACAAGAAGAAGAAACCUCCCAGCAUCAGUGCCCAAUUUCAGGCCUCAUUAAGCCAGUUGAUGGAGACACUUGGUCAAGCAGAACCAUAUUUUGUAAAAUGCAUUCGUUCUAAUGCUGAAAAGCUGCCAUUACGGUUCAAUGAUGCCUUGGUACUUAGACAGCUUCGGUAUACUGGAAUGCUGGAGACAGUUCGAAUUCGCCAAUCAGGAUAUAGCUGCAAAUAUUCUUUCCAGGAUUUUGUGAGCCACUUCUAUGUACUACUUCCUUGCGAUAUUAUUCCAUCCAAACUUAACAUUCAGGAUUUCUUCAGGAAAAUAAAUCUUAACCAAGAUAAUUAUCAAGUUGGAAAAUCCAUGGUCUUUUUAAAGGAGCAGGAACGACAACACCUACAAGAUCUACUUCAUCAAGAAGUGCUCCGCAGAAUCAUAUUGUUGCAACGAUGGUUCAGAGCAUUGCUGUGUAGACAGCAUUUCCUGAAUCUGAGACAGGCAUCCAUUAUCAUCCAGCGAUUCUGGAGAAAGUACCUAAAUCAGAAACAAGCCAGAGAUGAAAUUGUGCAGAAAGAUACUUUAGUUAUAGCUCAGGCAGCCUCUCUCCUCCAAGCUUCGUGGCGUGCAUACCUAGAAAGGCAACGGUACUUGGAACUGAGGACUGCAGCCAUCAUCAUCCAGCAGAAAUGGAGGGAGCACUAUAGGCAGAGGCAUUUGGCUGCCCUCUGCAUUCAGACAAGAUGGAGAGGUUAUAGGGAAAAUAAGAAGUAUCAAGAACUAAGGAACAAAGUUAUCCUUCUACAAUCAACAUGUAGAGGAUUCAGAGCAAGACAAAGAUUUAAAGCUUUAAAAGAACAAAAAGUAAAAGAAACAAAACUAGAACCUGGGUUGCUGGAAUUUGAGUCAUAUGGACCUCUGGAAAUUCAGGGUUCAGACCCUUCAGAAUGGGAGGAUUGUUCUUUUGACAACAGAGUUCAAGCCAUAGAGGAAUGUAAAACUGUGAUAGAGAGUAAUCGCAUUAGCCAUGAAAGUUCAUUGGACGGUUUGAAGGAUUCCCCAAACAAGCGACAGGAAAGAACCAGAAGCCAAAGUGGUAUAGACUUGCAGGAAGAUGUAAUCGUAAGAGAAAGGCCUAAGUCUUUGGAGGAUCUCCACCAGAAGAAAGUAGGACGAGCUAAAAGAGAAAGUCGGAGAAUGAGAGAACUAGAACAAGCUAUAUUUAGCUUAGAAUUGCAGAAAGUCCGUUCUCUCGGUGGAGUGUCUCCUUCAGAGGAACGUAGAUGGUCCACGGAACUGAUACCUGAAGGCCUUCAGUCUCUGCAGGGUACACCUGAUAGUGAAAGCUCUCAUGGAAGCUUAGAACUUCUGAGCUAUGAGGAAAGUCAAAAGAGCAAAUUAGAGUCCAUAAUUUUAGAUAAUGAGGACUUGCAGCCUUUGUCAUAUGAGAUAUCUGCCAGUCCAAUGUUUGAUUCACAGAACAGUGCCCUCAGUACUUCAACUGAGACUAAAUCGAUAGUGCCUCAAAAUGGGACAUCCUCUAACUCAGUUUAUUUGAAGAAUGGGACUACGAAGGCCAGGCUGCUCUGCAGUUCUGAAUCUGUUACCUGUAAGCCACAAGUGAGAGACUCCUUUAUUUCCAAUAGUCUGCCUACAUUUUUUUAUAUUCCUCAACAAGAUCCACUGAAAACAAGUUCUCAACCAGAUACCCGUAUCCAGAGGAACAAAGUGUUGGAAAGUGAAGUCACACUUCCAGCUCUUCCUUUGGAUAUCAGAGGGGAAGCCAGAAAGUAUCAUUUCUCAGGAGAAAAUGCAGUUGUCCCUUCUUCAAAUACUGAUUCUUCUAACACUGUGCUUAAGAAGUUAGAAAAGCUAAAUACCGAGAAGGAAGAAAGGCAAAAGCAGUUGCAGCAACAGAAUGAAAAAGAGAUGAUGCAACAGAUUCGACAGCAAACAGAUAUUCUAGAGAAGGAGCGUAAAGCAUUUCAGACAAUUGAAACACCAAGAAUUGGUGAGUCUCUUCUGGCACCAUCUUUCCUUCAAUCAAAGCAGAGAACGGAGAGACCAUCUUCCCUCCUCAUCCUAAAUACACCCAAAAAGGGAGAAUCCAGUAUAUUAGGAUCUCAGUCAGUAACUACUAAAGAUGCAGUUCUUGCCCCAAAAGGCAGUUCCUCUACUCACCUACCCAUGAAGGACCGACCUGUGACCAUGUUCUUUGAAAGAAAAGGAGGUUCGUGCCAAUCUAGUACUGUCAAGGAAUUACCCAGUAAAGAUAAAAUGUUAACCCAACUGAAUUCAGCCUCUAAACACUCCAAUAAUCGCAUUUCAAAAAGAGACCAUCUCAAGCCCAUUCAGUGUUAUAGCCACAAAUCUGAUGACUCGUCCAGAAGUGGAACAACUAGGGAGAUUUUCUUCACACCAAAGGACAAUACAAAUAUUUCCUUAUUAAGCAAGGAAGCCUUAAACAAUGGAAAUCCUCAACACCAUAAAACAGUUGAACCAGCUUUUAAAUCUGUAAAAUUGACUGGGCCAGGCCAAAGAGAGACUUCACAGAGAUUUUCUUCAGUUGAUGGAGAAGCAAAACUUCAUAAGACUAUGUCUCAAGGAGAGAUUACAACAUUGGGAAUGAGACAGAAGGCUUCAGAUUCAGAUAUAAGACCUCACAGAGCUAAGAUGAGAUUCUGGGCCAAAGGGAAACAUGGGGAGAAGAAGACUACCAGAGUGAAACCUGCUACUCAAACAGAGAUCUCAGAACUCUUUGCUGCCACAACUAUUAUUCCAGCUCAUCAGUUUACAGAUGAAUUACCUCCAGAACCUCCUUUGAGCCCAGAAUUGCCUGGCACUUGCCGGAAGGAAUUCAAAGAGAACAAAGAACCUUCUCCAAAGUCAAAGCGCAAACGAAAUGUCAAGAUCAGCAGUGUGGCAUUGGAGUCUACACAUUGGCAAAAUGACUCUGUUCAGAUCAUAGCAAGUGCCAGUGACUUAAAGAGCAUGGAUGAAUUUCUUCUGAAAAAGAUGAAUGACUUAGAUAAUGAAGAUAGCAAGAAUGAUACAUUAGUGGAUGUUGUAUUUAAAAAGGCCCUGAAAGAAUUUCGGCAAAAUAUCUUCAACUUUUAUUCAUCUGCAUUGGCGAUGGAUGAUGGGAAAAGCAUACGUUAUAAAGACCUCUAUGCAUUAUUUGAGCAGAUUCUUGAAAAAACCAUGAGGCUAGAGCAGCGUGAUUGGAGCGAAUCUCCAGUCAGAGUUUGGGUCAAUACUUUCAAAGUGUUUUUGGAUGAAUAUAUGAAUGAAUUCAAGCCUUCAGACUACAUAACCACAAAGGUAGCAAAAACAGAAAGAAAGAAAAGAAGGAAAAAAGAAAUGGAUUUAGUGGAAGAACACAAUGGUCACAUUUUUAAAGCUACCCAGUAUAGCAUCCCUACAUACUGUGAGUACUGUUCUUCUUUGAUAUGGAUAAUGGACCGAGCCUCAGUUUGUAAAUUAUGCAAGUAUGCUUGCCAUAAGAAGUGCUGUCUAAAAACCACAGCCAAAUGCUCUAAAAAGUAUGAUCCAGAGCUAUCAUCUCGACAGUUUGGAGUUGAACUGUCCCGUCUAACCAGUGAAGACAGAACUGUUCCUUUAGUAGUGGAAAAGCUCAUAAACUACAUUGAAAUGCAUGGGCUGUACACAGAAGGUAUUUACCGAAAGUCUGGCUCAACUAAUAAAAUCAAGGAGCUUCGACAAGGUCUGGAUACAGAUGCUGAAAGUGUAAACCUCGAUGACUAUAACAUACAUGUUAUUGCAAGUGUAUUCAAACAAUGGCUUCGUGAUUUGCCCAAUCCUCUCAUGACCUUCGAGCUUUAUGAGGAAUUUCUUCGAGCUAUGGGCCUUCAGGAGAGGAAGGAAACUAUACGUGGUGUAUACUCUGUGAUUGACCAGCUGUCCCGAACUCAUCUCAAUACACUGGAACGCCUUAUAUUUCAUCUAGUCAGGAUUGCUCUACAGGAAGACACUAAUCGAAUGUCUGCUAAUGCUUUGGCCAUUGUGUUUGCCCCCUGCAUUCUCCGCUGCCCUGAUACCACUGACCCACUACAAAGCGUGCAGGACAUCAGUAAGACUACCACCUGUGUGGAGCUGAUUGUUGUGGAACAAAUGAAUAAAUACAAGUCUCGUCUGAAAGACAUCAGUAGCCUAGAAUUUGCUGAGAGUAAGGCAAAGACGAGGCUGUCACUGAUUCGUAGAUCAAUGGGUAAGGGGCGCCUCCGCCAAGGAAACUGUCCAAGUCCAUCAUCUCAUGCUGUAGUUCGGUUGCCUUCUGUGUCUGAUGUACCAGAAGAGAGCUUGCCAAGUGGGGCAGCCUUGGAGACUGACAUCACAGAACAGCAACAAGCGUCCAUGCAGCAGGAGGAACGAGUACUGACUGAGCAGAUUGAGAACCUACAGAAAGAAAAAGAGGAGUUAACAUUUGAGAUGCUUGUACUAGAACCUCGUGCCUCUGAUGAUGAAACUCUUGAGUCAGAGGCCUCCAUUGGAACUGCAGACAGCUCAGAAAAUUUGAAUAUUGAGUCUGAAAGUACCAUCUCUGAGAAAUCAGAAAGAAGCUUAGCCCUUUGCUCCCUGAAGGCAGUUGGCAAGUCUGAACCUUCAAGCAAGUUACGAAAGCAGCUUAAAAAGCAGCAAAACUCUUUGGAUUCUGUGGACUCUUCAGGUUCUUCAUUGUGUUCAUCUAACAUGGGUUCUUCUCAUGGGACCAGAAAACGAUUUCCGAUUUAUUCCAAAUCUCCAUUCUACCGAGCUGCCUCAGCUGGUGAAGCUCCAGGAAUGGAAGGGCAAGUGGGCCUGACCAAAUCCCUGGAAGACAGGCCUCAGUUCAUUAGCAGAGGAACCUUCAACCCUGAAAAGGGCAAACAAAAAUUAAAGAAUGUGAAAAAUUCACCUCAGAAAACCAAAGAGAUCACAGAGGGAACAGUUGUGUCUGGUCAUAGGAAAACUGUGGACCCAGACUGCAGCUCCACCCAACAGCUAGCUCUCUUUGGAAAUAAUGAGUUUAUGGUCUGAACUGGCAGAUGUGCAUCCCUUAAUGGUUACAGAGUGGUAAACACAUCUCAUCUUUGAGGCCUCUUCUCAUCACCUCGACCACAGUAGUCCAUACUAAUUGUGGGCCUGCCUCUUGCCCAUGCAUACAACUAAGACCUUGUGUGCUGAAUUCCUGGGCCUCCUGCAGAAAUAGAAAGUCCUCUUUGAAACCUGCUAAGGGUGGUGCCAGCUGUGCCUUGGCUGCUGUUACUUGACUAGAGAUUUCACUAAACAAAGCCACCUAGGGCCUGGGGGUUUGGGUCAGUUAUGGAGGUCUUUGUAGUUGCCUCUCUUCCACCCUCUUCAUCUUUUCCCUUCCCAGAAGUGGAUGUUGAACUGGGAGGGGGAGGGUAGUUGUGGGUCUAAAGUAUCCACUGAUUUCUGAUAUUUGAAAGUAACACAUAAAUCUUUCUUAACCACAAAAGCAAAAACCUUUGGGAUUAUUUUGGGAUAGUUAGAUGCUGGGGUAGAGUAUAAUUUUUUUCCAAGGAUUUAUAAACAAAAAGCCUAAGCCCUCUAUUUUAAGAGUUUUGAAAAAGACUCCAUGUUAUAUUCUGGAGAAAGUUAAAAAAAGCAAUUUCUAUUAAGCCAUCAGGGCAUGUCACAAACAUCUGGUUACACAAUGAAGAAGAGUCUACAUGUUUUGCUUUUUGACGUUUGAUGUCAUAAUAAUCAGUGCCGGCUUAACUCCUGUUAGUUCCUGCCAAAUAAUAUUGCAUGGGCUGAAGUUUCAGUAGCCAUACUGUUCUCAUAGUCCCUGCUCCUAGGAUCAGGUUCCUUGACUUUUUUUAAAUUCCCAGAGACAUGGUAAUUCCUAAACAGGAGGGUUUCAUCCUAGUGCAUCCAGACUUUUCUCUUUGUAUAGAUUAAACUGGAGAUCACAUAUGAACCUAUUCAUCUGCUGGUUGAUUUUCACCACAAACUCAAAUAAUGUGACCAUUAAAUUACUUCUGAAUCAUUCACACAACAACACUGCAUGAAUAAGUGUUACAGAAAGCUGCCAAAAAUGAGAGUUUUUCAUAUAACCCAUCUAAUCUUUAUCUUUUCUUCCUCAGACCAUCAGUAUUAGAUGAAAAAAAUCAAGAACUACUUGAAGCUAUUUUUGUUAAUACUCUGGUUACUGAAGUUUACUGUAAAUAUAUAUGUAUAGUUUGCAUAUUUCCUUUUAAAUUUAUGCUUCCGUUCUCCCUAUAGAAUCCCCCCCUACACACACACAAACACAGAUUAUGGGCCAUUGGACACAGGAAUGAGAGCCACUCAUUUUCUGGGUUGAGGGAAAAGUCAAACCAUCUUUUUCACCUUUAGGUGUCUCCAUACACCUGAGUUAUAAUAGCAUUUUAAGUUUUUAGCAUAUGUGAGAUUAGAUGUCUGUUUUUGCUAUUUAUAAUAUAUAGAAAAUGAAACAAUGUUCCCUUUCUUUAGAGUAGUAUGUGAAAUGUUUAUUUUUAAAGUUACUAAUGCAUUUUGUGUAACUACCACAUGCACUGUUCUAAAAAAGAGCCUUUACCAUUUGUAACUGAAUUUUGGUUAUUCCUCUUUCAUCUUCUUUGAAGUUAUAGAAACAUUAAUACUUUUGUUAAGGCAGAGUCUCACCUGUUACACAACACUGAACCUCGUACCACUUUAGAGUGGUGGUUAUUAUCCAGCCCCAAAGGUCAGACUUGGAACAUCAUUUGCGGCAGCUAAAGGUAUCGGAAAUCUUAACCUCUCCAGAUGGGUGUAGGGAUGGGAUCUUUCAGAGUCUCCAGAUGGUGAUGGUUAGUGGGUAAAUGUAGGAUUUUAUAUCCCCCCAAAAUUCUGCCUCUGUUCACACUAUCUUGAGGAGUAACCAAUAUAAAGCCCUUAAAAAUCUGAAUUUCAGAGAAUCUUUUAGGAAAACCCAAUUCCUCAGAUGGUUGUGUCGCAAUGGACUUGCUGGUACCUCAGAACCGCAUGCCAGGCUGCGCGGUCUACUCCCCUACUUGGGAGGGUGAUGUUCUGAUGGCACAGACUGCUAUAGUCCACUUGCACUAGAAUGUUGAUUAAAUAACAUACCAAAAAAAGAGGUUAUUCUUGUUGAUCAGUUUUCUUUUGCCCAGAGGAAUGACCAGGAGAGCACAUCUUAGCUUAUGUUCCCCUUUCUAAAACUGGAUAGGAUUUUGGUGUUUGCUUUCCCGUCCACCCCCAGAAUAAGUUCUUGGCAGUUAAAAACUACUCAUUUAAGUCACUUUAUAGGAACUAGGUAAUGGAUGUUUUCUCAGGGACCUGAAACCUGAAUUUGGAUAAAAUACUUGUUUUACAGUUGCCAGAUGUAUGGAUUUCUAGUCAUUUAACAAGCUUCCAGAUGGAGGUUAAUGGGAAGGAGAGAUCCACAUAACUAUUAGCAAGCAUAGAACCCUCCCUUUAAAGGAAAGUAAAUAGUUCCAUAGGAAAACAGGCCUUGUUGAUCUGAUAAAGAGAUGAAGCCAUAAUUCUUAAAAAAAAAAAAAAAAACUGUCGAACCACAUGCUGAACCACAUUCUUUCUGAUCUUAUCAGAUCUUCUCUGUGGUUAUAAAACCACAAAGUGAUGCUGCAUUACAAUCACUGAUGAUUAAGAUGUUUAACCUUAGUAUGUGUCAAGUUGGCAUGCCUAUUGCUUCUCUUAUGCUUGUUUUCUUUGCUCUCAAGCGCCCCAAAGAUAAUCUCUACAUGGCAGCUUUGAGGCACCCCCAUAUUUGCAGCCAUUACUCCAAAAUGCAGAAUAUUCUAUUCAUAUCAAACAUUCCCAGCUCUCCAACAAAGCCUGAAUUUUGUAUUUUGCCCUUUAAAGCCCUUUAAUUGCAUAAAUAAUAUGGCAAAGGUAAUGGAAAGCAGAGAAGUAUUUAUUUUAGGGUCACAUUGUAUAUCACAAGGUGAGACAAAUUAAUAGUAAAUAUAGAAAGGAUUCAGGGAGGUGACAUGCUCAGUUUGUAAUGCACUUUGUAUUCCCUGCCAUUUUAGUUAUUUAACCAUUGUUUGCUUCUGAAAACAAAGAUACUGCCUUCUUAGUAUGAGUCUUGCAGAGACAGGGACCUGAGGUUCAGGUGAAACAUGAGAACCUCUCCUCCUCAUGCUUUGGCAGUGAGUGAAGAUUUCUGUUCCCUUUUCUGUCACAGUCGGGUUUUCUUCAAAGGCAGAAGGUCCCAGAAGGAUGCGAAAAAAAGAAGUCCAGCAAGGUUCUGCAGGCCCACUUCAGUGUCUGUGGACUAUGUUUUUGUUUUGACUAUAACUUAUGAAUGUUUCACAAGCACUUUGGUGAAUUAGAAGAAUGAUUCUCAGGAUGUGUUCAAAGCUCAGAGAGUUUUAAUUUUUAAAAGAAGCACAGUCCAGAAGGCUUCCUCUUCCUCCUCCUCUUUUUGUUCCCGCUUUGGUGGGUGGGUAGAUGGACACGGGGCAUGCAUAUUCAGUGUUGACAGAUGUGUAUGUCUACUAAUAGUUUUGUGAAGACUCCCCAGCACUGUCCCUCAACACCAUGACAGACUUGGUAAUACAAUCUCUUGGUAUGUGUGGGAGUUCUUUGUCUUUCUACGCCCCUAAAAUACUUUUAACCACUUUUCUCUGGAACCACUCCUAUAUUUGAUUUGGUGUUAAAGGGUAACAGCAAAAUGAUGAUUGUGGAGAUGGAUCUGUUAGGUCUUUUGGUCUUGUGGCUGAAACUUUAAAAAAAAAAAAAACCCAUGAAGGCAUCUAUCACCUUGUUAUCCACCCACACUUAGUAUCUAUUUACCAACCCUCUUAGGUCAUAUAAAAGUUGCACCUUUUGAAUCAAGUAAUUGUAUUUGCUGGAGAAAAGGUGUGGACUACAGAUUAGUAUUAUAUUAUUUUAAUGGUUUAAAGUAAUUUAUAAGUAUGCUGAGUGUAAAUUUGUAAAAGACUAUGUAUUGUAAAAGGACAUAUCCUGUGAAAUAGAAUAUCAUUUUACUGUUAAACAGAAUAAUUCUAUAAGAAGAAUGACUUAUUUCACCCACGGAACUGAUUACAUUCCUGAUGCAGUCAACAGGCACUUUGUCAUUUCCUUUUUGGGUUUUUUUUGUUGUUGUUAUUGUUUUAUUUUUGUUUAUGGAGGGAGGAGCAAGACAUCAUCUGUAUAAAGUGCAGUUUGUGUCACUCAUAAUAUGCACUGUAUGGCUACACAAAGCAGCUUGAUGAACAAAUCACUCCAUGGCUCAUUAAAGAACAAAGCUUCCAAAAUCA